AUGACACGCGUCCUCGCCAUCACCAUCGUCGACCUCCCUCCCUCUCCCCCCUCCCCUCCCCGUCGCCCCUCCCGCCCCUGCUUCAGACUCUCCCCCUCCCAGCAGGCAUACCUCGAUGCUCAGGUGCCCACGUCGCCGUGUGCGGAGGAGGCGAGGCAGCCUGCAGGGAGAGGUGUGAGGGUGGAGUCGGAGGGGAAGGAGCUGAUGCAGGGAGUGAUGGAGGCGAGGAAGGCAGCAGCAGGGCUCAAGAAGGGACGACAGGAGGGAACGGGCGCGAGCUGGCGGAGCCAAGUGUUUGCGGAGUCCUUCGAGGACGUGACGGCGGGGGCACUGGAGUUUCAUGCAUGA